AUGUCGGACCCUAUCUCCCCUCUCCCUUCAACCUGGGACACCUGCGAUUCGUGGGUCACCUCCUUGAAGGAUACUGUCUCCUCGGUGCCUCUUCUCACCGGGGCCUCCAACUAUCUCCCUUGGGCCGAGUCGCUCCAAAUCGCCUUGGCUGGGGUCCGUGGGUGUCUUUGUCUGCUAGACGAGACCCCUGCCGCCUAUCUUCCCUCCGCAUCUACUCCUAGUCCUUCCACCACAUCUCUUCCUGCAGCGAUCUGGAAGCACCUUGACACUGCUCUUGCUCUUGUCCUCGUGCGUUCCCUCCACCCCGACCUUGUUCCCUUAUUCCAGUCUCUCGUCCUCGCCAAUCCCUCUUGCGCCGCCCGGACCCUCUGGCUCAAGCUGGAGGCCGAUUACGGUGGUCGCUCGUCCUACGACCUGUGGCAGUCUGUCCAGGCUCUCAACUCUGAGCCCCAGGGCUCUACUCCCGUCACCGAGUUCAUGACGGCUCGCAAGAACAAGUUUGAGGCCAUCAAGGCUGCUGGGUACACUUUGGAUCGGCGGUUCCUGGACAAUCUUGUCGUCGGCCUUGGCCCUCAUCUCGGCCCUACUGUCCGCGGUCUCGACUUCUCGUCCCUCACCUAUGACUCCUUGUACGCUGCUGUUCGGGGGGUCGACGACAGUCACCGCCUGCAUGCCGCGCUGCCCUCCUCGUCUAUGGCCCUUGCGGCCGUUGUUACUCCGGCCCCCUCGCCUGUCCCGUCCCUCGCCUCGCCUGUCCCAUCUGCCGACUUCCCUUGCGACAUCUGCCGCAGUCCAACCCACUGGUCCCCUGCCUGCCCCGAGCGCCACGCUCCUGACGCUCGUGCCAGGCAAGAGGCUUCUUACCGGGCUCGGCACGCGCGGCGAGCCAAGAUCCCCGGGCAGAUUGUGAAGGUGAUCGAGUAUUCUCGCCUCCCGGCCCUUGGCUCUAUCGUCCCUCCUCCUGACAAAUGGACCUGA